CUUACUUUGACAGUUUUCAAUCACACGUAGCGGCAUCCAUAAAGAAACAAGUAGAGGAAGUGUAACAUUUUGUAAAUAUGGCAACAGCCCAGUCAUCACAAGACCGAGUUCAUCUUUUUCGCCUCCAAACUCUAAUCAUAGAUGGAGGCACUACAGUCAUAAGGAACAUAAUUCACCAGAAGAGCUCCAAUGUUCCGUUUAAUGUGUUUCUUAGUCAUGAAAUAACCGCAGUAAAGGCACUGGUGGGCAGAGAUAUAAUAAAGAAAGCACAGUACAAUCUGCUUUAUCCACAAGGUGGUAAUCUUCCUUCUAUCACGGACAUCGACCUAACUCUUGCGAUAUGCUUGCUGAGAAGCCUAAAAAGUUUCGGGCUGAACACUAGAUAUAACUGGAGUGCAACCCCACGGCAAAAUGACACUUCCCUUGAGGCAGAUUUAUGUCGUCUAAGAAAUACACGAAAUGUGAUAGCGCACAUAGCGACUACAACAGGAAUAGACCAGGCAACAUUCCAGAACAAGUGGAAUGAAGUCGAACAGGUAUUUAUACUUUUUUAUCGGCUUUACUGAGACCUUUAAAUGAAAC